CAAUUGUCGAACAGAAGCGGUCUUGUCUGACUGUCGAGGAUUCAGGCGAGCGGCUACUUCCAUUGAGAGGCUGCAACCGGCGGAGAAUUCUAGCCGCAGCCUAGCCUCGGCCAGGGAGGAGGGUCUCCCGGGCUAGGCUUGGGUUAGACAUGGCUCUCCUACAGUUGGGUGUCUUUCCCCGUGGGCCUGUUGCCACAGGCACCGUUACCGUGAACCUGAAGAGGCUGACGGGACUGGGGAGGCCGGUGUUUGAAAACAAGCAACACAACCAAUCCAGAACAUCAAGCUCACUGCCAGAAGAACAGAAGGGACUGCUGCAAAAUGGACCCAAUUUACAAGACUUUGUGUCUGGGGAACUUUCAGACAAAACUAAAUGGGAAGAAUAUAAAGGUGCAUUAAAGCGCCAAAAAGGAGAAAGGCUGCGACUUCCUCCAUGGCUGAAAACUGAGAUUCCAAUUGGUAAAAAUUAUAACAAAUUGAAGAAUACGUUGCGUAAUUUAAAUCUACAUACGGUAUGUGAAGAAGCGCGUUGUCCAAACAUUGGAGAGUGCUGGGGAGGUGGUGAAUAUGCUACUGCAACAGCAACUAUAAUGUUAAUGGGGGACACGUGUACAAGAGGCUGUCGCUUCUGCUCAGUAAAGACAGCAAAAAGUCCACCUCCACUAGAUCCUGAUGAGCCAUAUAAUACAGCAAAAGCAAUAGCUGAAUGGGGGCUGGAUUAUGUUGUAUUGACUUCUGUUGACAGGGAUGAUAUUCCUGAUGGUGGAGCAGCACACUUCGCAAAGACAGUCGCACACUUAAAAGAAAGGAAUCCAAAAAUUCUGGUGGAAUGCUUAACUCCUGAUUUCCGGGGAGAUCUUCAAGCUGUGGAAAAGGUUGCUCUGUCAGGACUAGAUGUAUAUGCCCACAAUGUGGAAACAGUUCCUGAAUUGCAGAGAAAGAUUCGUGAUCCCCGGGCUAACUUUGAACAGUCACUCCAUGUUUUGCAACAUGCUAAAAAGGUCCAGCCGGAUAUAAUUUCUAAAACAUCCAUCAUGCUUGGUCUGGGUGAAACAGAUGAACAAGUUCAUGGUGCAUUGAAAAUAUUACGUGAAGCAGAUGUAGAUUGUUUGACCUUGGGACAAUACAUGCAACCAACAAAGCGCCAUUUAAAGGUUGAAGAAUAUGUUACUCCUGAGAAGUUUAAAUACUGGGAAAAAGUAGGAAAUGAGCUUGGAUUUCAUUAUACUGCUAGUGGGCCUCUUGUGCGUUCUUCGUACAAAGCAGGUGAAUUCUUCUUGAAAAAUUUAAUACAGAAGAGGAAGACAAAAAACAUAUGAAACAACAGUAUCCAUAUAAAGAAUUUCACCAUUUUACUGUAUGGUACUUCUGGAUGGCAACCUCACAGUCGAAGGAAGGAAUGACCAUUCAACUGGCACCCAACCUUGCACUGAAGUAUUCAGAUUGUUUUUGAACUCUUUCAUGUCCUAAUGUAGUAAAAAAUAUGCAUUAAAUUA